AUGAUUUCUACUAAAAUAGCAAAUAGCAAAUUAGAGGUUAGAGAUGUUGAGGUUGAUAGUGAGGCCACUGUUAUUAGGUGGCCUAAAGGUCAUGCAACAAAGCUUACCUCCUUUAAAGAAAGUAAUAGUGAAAUCCAAACUUCAUGUUCAGAUAUUGCAAAGUCCACCAUGGACAUAACCAAGAUUCAGAAAGAGGAACCUAAAAUCAUUGCAUGGGAAAGCCAACAGAAGGCAAAGGCUAAAGCAACAAUACGCAAACUCGAGAUGAAACUGGAAAAGAAGAGAUCGUCAUCAAUGGAUAAGAUUCUAAACAAGUUGAGAAGGGCGCAGAUGAAAGCUGAAAAGAUGAGAAGUUCAAUGGCAAUGCCUUAAAAACAAGAACAAGGACAACAGGGCAAGCAGAAUUCCAAGCCUCUCAAGGUUUUAUCAUUACCAAAUUAUAUUCAGUUAUGGUCUCCAAGCAGAUGCUUUAGCACUUAUGAUCACUGAUUCCACUCUUAGACGAAGCACAAGUUAUUAAGUUUGAAGAUACUGUUUGUUUGUUUCUUGAUCCUCACUUCUGUUUCCCUUCUU